AUGGCGGCGGAGCUUGUGUUGCAGCUGGGCGAGAUUGAGGAGCUCGUGGAGGAGAUCCUCAUCCGCCUCCCUAAGGACGAGCAAGGUAAUCUCCUCCGCUCCUUCCUCGUCUGUAAGCCAUGGCGCGACCUCCUCACCGGCGACGGCUUCCGUCGCCGCUACGGUGAUUUCCACCGAUCACCUCCUAUGCUUGGCUUCUUCCACAUCUGGCCGGAACCCUGCGUCGAGUUCAUCCCCACGACGGAUUUCGACGUGCGCGAUCUCGACCCCCAGCACCACUAUUCCAUGGAAGAUUGUCGCCACGGCUGCGUACUCCUUCGGUACAUCGAUGAGGAUGAGAAUAUCCCAUUGCUGGUCGUCUGGGACCCCAUGACGGGCAGCGAAACAUUGCUUGGCAGCCUCGAGAAGUUGGGAACGGGAAGCUGGUCUGCCUUGGUGCUCUGUGCUGCGGACAACUGCCGCCACGGUGACUCUGACUGCCAAUCGAGUCCAUUCCGCGUCGUUUUCGUCUUCCUUCACCACGAAGAGGAGGUCACUACGGCAUGCGUGUACUCAUCGGAGACGGCUAGUUGGAGCUCUCUGGCCAUCACUGACCUUGGUAUGUUUGAGGAGGAAAUCGAUUGCUGCACGCCUAGUGUACUCGCAGGAGACACGCUCUAUUUCCUGCUGUUUCGGGACCAGGCUAUUGAAGGUUGCAGUAUUCUCAAGUACAACUUGGGAACCUCUUGUCUGUCAGAGAUUCAUCUGUCGGAGGAGAUGCAAGAUGCCAUCAACAGUCCUAUCCUCAUCGCAUCGGACGACGGUCGGCUAGGGCUCGCAGACCUGUUGAAUUUCAACCUCUCCAUCUGGUGGAGAGAGGUGGAUCCCGAUGGAGUUGCGUCGUGGGCAGAACACAGAGAAAUCGACCUCGAGACUCUUCUUCCCGAUGGUGAUUUCAAGAUAUCACCAGAGUUGGUUGGCUCCAUCGAGGGUACUGACAUCAUUUUUGCGACCACAAGUCUCGGCACCUACGAAAUUGAUCUCAAGUCUUUGACAUCACCUUUGAAGAUGCUCUCCAGCAGGCUGAAUCAAGAUCCGUAUGUCAAAUGGACCAUCUUACCCUAUGUUAGCUUCUACUAUCCUCCAGCGGUGGCUGGUAUUGUGGAUGAAGAAUCAAGUGAAGAUGGACAUGGCAAUGAGGAAGCAUAA